CAGUACUUGUGAGCUAUUGGCCAGAUUCUCAAACUCUUCUACUUGAUCCCAAGCAACCUUAGAUUGACCUACUUCACUAUAUCAACCUUAGAUUUAUUAUUCACAUUCAAGAUUCUGAAUACACAAGCAAAAAUCAGAUACAGUUAACUCAAGAGUACUGAAAAUGAGUGCAGCGUAUGGAUCAUGGAAGUCACCAAUCACAGCAGAUAUAGUCUCGGGUUCAGAGAAGCGUCUAGAAGGUUUCUCUGUAGACACAAAUGGCCACUUAAUGUGGCUAGAAACUCGCCCAGCUGAGUCAGGACGAGCAGUGCUUGUUAAAGAUGAAGGUGAAGAUAUUACACCAAAAGACUUCAAUGUUCGGACCACUGUUCAAGAAUAUGGUGGUGGCUCUUUUGGAGUUUCUGGAGAUUUACUUGUUUUCUCCAAUUUUGAUGAUCAGAGAUUAUACAAACAGCUCCUCUCUUCUCCAGAUUCGAGUCCAGUGCCGAUAACUCCAGAUUAUGGGGGACCUGUUGUGAGGUAUGCUGAUGGGGUCUUUGAUGGACGUUUAAGUCGUUACAUUGCUGUAAGAGAAGAUCAUCGUGGGGUUGAUGCACAGCCAACUACAGAGAUUGUGAGUGUUUCCCUUAGUGGUAACACCACCGAAGAACCAAAAGUGUUGAUUAGUGGGAAUGACUUCUAUGCAUUCCCGCGGGUGGAUCCAAAAGGGGAACGUUUUGCCUGGAUCGAAUGGAGCCACCCAAACAUGCAUUGGGAUAAAGCAGAGCUUUGGGUCGGUUAUAUAUCUGAGAAUGGAGACAUCGACAAGCGAGUAGUAGUUGCUGGUGCCUGUCCUUCUCUCGUGGAAUCGCCAACUGAGCCUCUGUGGUCGUCCAAAGGGGAAUUGUUUUUCAUAACAGAUAGGAAUACAGGGUUUUGGAACAUAUACAAAUGGAUUGAAGAUAAAAAUAAGGUCCUUGCGAUUUAUUCUUUGAAUGCUGAGUUCGCAAGGCCUUUUUGGGUUUUUGGAAACCGAUGUUAUGACAUCAUUGAGGGAAAAGACGAAUCAACCGUUAUUGCCUGCAGCUACAGACAACAUGGAAAGUCAUAUCUUGGUGUUAUAAAUCAAGCUAAGAACUCUUUCUGUUCAGUUGAUAUUCCAUUCACUUACAUUGCAAAUAUUCUUGCAAGUGGCCAGAUCCUGUACAUUGAGGGCGCAUCUUCGGUUCUUCCUACUUCUUUAGCAAAGGUCAUACUAGAUGAUCAUAUGUCGAAGGUUGUUGAUUUCAGUAUCAUGUGGUCGUCUUCUUCAGACAGUGGCAAGUACAUAUCAUAUUUUAGCUUGCCCGAGCUUAUUGAAUUUCCAACAGUUGUGGCUGGUCAGAAUGCCUAUGCAUAUUUCUAUCCUCCCUGUAAUCCAGAUUAUAAGGGCGGUGAAGACGAAAAGCCUCCACUGUUGCUGGAAAGCCAUGGAGGGCCAACCGAUGAGGCACAUGGAACCUUAAAUCUUAGCAUCCAAUAUUGGACUAGUCGGGGAUGGGCAUUUGUGGAUGUUAACUAUGGAGGAAGUUCGGGUUAUGGCAGGGCGUACCGAGAACGCCUUCUGGGGGAGUGGGGAAUUGUUGACGUCAAUGAUUGUUGUUCUUGUGCUAAAUAUUUGGUGGAUGAGGGGAAGGUUGAUGGAAAGCGCCUUUGCAUAACUGGUUGUUCUGCUGGUGGUUACACAACAUUAGCUUCUCUUGCUUUCAGAGAUACAUUUAGAGCUGGAGCUUCGUUAUUUGGAAUUGCUGAUUUGAAGUCAUUGAGUGAUAAGAUGCAUAAAUUUGAAUCCCGCUAUAUCCUUAAUCUUGCUGGUAACGAAACUGCUUUAUAUGAGCGGUCCCCUAUCAACUUUGUUGAUCAUUUCUCUUGCCCCAUAAUAUUGUUCCAAGGAUUAGAAGACACGGUUGUCCAGCCAGAGCAGGCUCGAAAAAUCUACCAGGCCUUGAAGAAAAAGGGGUUACCUGUAGCUCACGUGGAAUAUGAAGGAGAAUCUCAUGGAUUUCGGAAGGCGGAGAGCAUAAAAUUCACUCUUGAGCAACAAAUGGUGUUCUUUGCUCGAACAGUUGGACAUUUUGCAGUGGCUGAUGACAUAACUCCCGUACACAUCGACAACUUUGAUUAAGUACAACUAGUUGCCUGCAGUUUUCUAACUGAAAGCUGCAUGCUAAUCAAUCAUUUAAAGGACUUAGAAAUAAUAGAAAUUAGAAUUGCAACUGAAAAGAGAGCAUUGGCUGUUCUGUGACGCUGGGUUUGGACUUUGGAGAAAAGCUCACUUUUACGUGGAAGAUCUUGUUUGGCAAGGUUGGUUACAUGGUAGGGAUAUCUUAGCCUCAUUUAUAGAUAGUAACUUUUAAGUCUUUGUAGUCAGCAAUUACCAUUUCCAUCAAAUCUUGGGUUAUGCAACUCAAAUAAAGGACUUAUAGUACGCCCUCCUCCCCCCCUCACAAUCUCCAUAUAGAUAGAUGGUGGUAGAGAAUAAAGACUAUCAACUGUGCUGUGUUGUAAUAUGAAUUCUGUUUAAACUCUAGCCUUUUCUUACUAACCAGGAUGUAACGUACUUAAAUAUGAAAUUGUCGAGCGAAAGGUUGAGAUCUCAAA